CCCACGUCAGAGACGUCAUAUGACAGGAGGUGAACACACGACGGUCUUCCUUCCUUAAACUAUUUUAAUAUAAAUAAACACAAAGAAAGACGAGGGUGUGUUUGUGAUCUUUCAGUACAGGAAGAAGUACCGAGGGGUCAAGGAGACAGGAGGGAUGGGUUUAUUUCGGUGUCUGAAUAUAUUCUGUAUGUUCCUGCUGGCUUCUGCACUACACUCACAGAUGCAGAUCAAGCCACUGAUUUAUGAUGAGCAGUUGCUGUGGGUGAGCGAAGGAGCGGGCGAGGUGAACACGUAUCGCAUCCCUCUGCUGACGUUUACUUCUCAAGGCAGCCUGCUGGCUUUUGCCGAGGCCAGGAAAAACUCGUCAAGUGACAUCGGAGCAAAGUUCAUCGCAGUGAAACGCUCCACAGACCGAGGAGCUACCUGGUCUCCUACAUCGUUCAUAGUGAACGAUGGCAUUCUGGUCGAUGGCUUGAACCUUGGUUCAGUUGUAGUGGAUGAGGAAACAGGCUCAGUGAUGCUGAUCUACUCUCUGUGCUUCCACCAAUACCAGUGCAGCACUUCCAGCAUCAUGUUAGUGGAGAGUCUGGAUGAUGGUCUGAGCUGGAGCACUCCUCGCAAUCUCUCAGUCCAGCUCGGGGUGAAGAGCUUCGCCCCUGGGCCGGGAUUUGGCAUUCAGAAACGUUUGAAUCCAGCAGCAGGCCGUUUGGUGGUGUGUGGUCACGGCACCAUCGAGGGUGACGGCGUUUUCUGUAUCUUGAGCGACGAUCACGGGUGCACGUGGAGGAACGGAGCCUCAUUGAAGAGCAUCCCUUAUAACCAGCCCAAACAGAGCCAGGACUUCAACCCUGAUGAGUGUCAGCCGGUGGAGCUGCAGGACGGCAGCAUCAUGAUCAACGUGAGGAACCAGAACAACUACCACUGCCACUGCAGGAUGGUGGUGCGGAGCCUGGACGGAGGAGAGACGCUGCCCGUGGAGGAGCUGAGGUUUGACCACACGCUGGUGGAUCCCGUGGUAGCGGCUGGAGCUCUGCAAAAGGAGGAUGUGCUCUACUUCAGCAACCCGGCCAACACCCAGAAGAGGGUGAACAUGACUCUCCGCUGGUCUUUUACUAACGGGACGACGUGGGAAAACGAGGCCAUGCAGAUCUGGGCGGGGCCGAGCUGCUACUCCUCCAUGACGUCUCUAGUCGGCGAGCAUGUCGAAGAUAAGAAGUACAUCUACAUCAUCUAUGAGAAGGGCCACAAAGAUUGCACUGAGACCAUCUCUUUUGCCAAAAUCCACCUGUACGGUGGCAGGUAGAGCGAGAGCGGGGUGGGGGGGGGAACAGAAGUGACCACAUUUAUUAAACAUCACGCUGUUUGCCACACAUGACCUGGGAUUGAGGGUGAUGGGUGAUUUGGAAUAAUGUCACCUUUUAAAUACGACAGAUAAUCCAGUGCAAGAUUAUACACGGUACAGGAAACGGUCCUGGAAACCACUUCGUCGACUGUCUUCCAAAACUACAAACACCUGAAGUCUGAAGAGAAGAUUUGGAAUGGAUUUAAAAUCAUGAACCAAAUGAUUACUUUUUAAGCCUUUAAUGGUCUUCUUCUUAUUCCAGUCUACCACAAACAAAUCCCUGCACAUAAUAACCUGUUUAUUUUUAUUACACCAAUACAUGAGCCACCCG